UGUGGCGCGGGGCCGGCGGGCGCGCUGAGCCGCUCUCUCCUGCUGGAGGAGACGAGGCGGAGCGCCGCGAACGCGGAGAGAAGGUGACCCCGCGGCGGGUACUAAAUAAAUCAAGAUGUCUUCGGCACCUGAGCCUCCAGCCUUUAAAAAGGAGACACCCAAGGAGAAAGACUUUGGAAACCCAGGGCUCAGAGGGGUCCGCACCACAACCUUAUUUCGAGCUGUGAAUCCAGAGCUCUUUAUUAAACCUAACAAACCUGUAAUGGCUUUUGGAUUGAUAACCCUUUCCCUUUGCGUGGCUUAUAUUGGUUAUCUACAUGCAACACAGGAGAAUAAGAAGGACCUCUGUGAAGCUGUUGACAGUGAGGGGCACAGUUACAUGAGGAGGAGAACGUCUAAGUGGGAUUAGCAGUGCUGGUGACUGCGGACGGAGCUGCAUGGCAGGGCUCUGAAAUCUUCCACUCAAGGUUAUGCCCGCACAAGAGGAUGUUUCUUGUUCUGGGAUUAGCUAGUAAGGGAGCAGGGUGGCACUUACAGCCAGACAACUGGAGUGAGUGUUGUCCUAUAGUUGUUACCUCAUUCUUUUUCCACAGAAAGAGCUUCACAAUAUUUUCUUUUAUUAAACCCUCUUAUAAAAGUGCCAGGAGAAUGGAAGUCAUUUUCAUGAGUUAAAUUUGCAUAGUAUUUUCAAUAUUUUAAGGGGAAUUAUGCAUUUACAACUGUCUUGAGGGUUUUAGUUUGUUUUGCUAUUUGCAAAGACAGUGUUCAUUUUACACCUGGCAUGGGACCUAUAUUUUAAGAAAAAAUAAUGGUAAAUUAUUGUAAAGCCUUCAUUUAAAAGCAAAUCAUUUUUACAGGGUAACAAAUCAUUCAUAUAGUUUGAUUUUUCAUUUCAACUAAUUUUGGCCCAGAAUUUUAUUAUAAUUGAAGAGAUGCUGAUACUCCCACACACCUGUUAAAGAUUAAAUGAGCGAAUAACCUAAA